AUGUUUCCUCGGCUGGUGUGCAUUAGCGACUACGAACAGCACGCGAAAGAAGUUCUGCAAAAGUCCGUCUACGACUAUUACAGGUCAGGUGCCAAUGAUCAGGAGACCCUGGCUGAUAACGUGGCAGCCUUUUCCAGAUGGAAGCUCUACCCACGGAUGCUCCGGAAUGUUGCUGAGAUCAACCUGUCGACAUCCGUCUUAGGACGGAGAGUCAGUAUGCCGAUAUGCGCUGGGGCCACCGCAAUGCAGUGCAUGGCUCACGUGGACGGGGAGCUGGCCACUGUGCGAGCCUGUGGAUCGCUGGGAACUGGCAUGAUGCUGAGUUCCUGGGCCACCUCCUCAAUUGAAGAAGUGGCAGAGGCUGGUCCUAAUACGCUUCGCUGGCUGCAACUCUACAUCUACAAGGAUCGUGAAGUAACCAAGCAGCUUGUGCGACGGGCUGAGAGGAUGGGCUACAAGGCCGUAUUUGUGACAGUGGACACUCCUUACCUGGGCAACCGCUUCGACGACGUGCGUAACAGGUUCAAACUGCCACCACAUCUCAGAAUGAAAAAUUUUGAGAGCAGUGAUUUGGCAUUUUCCCCUAAGGAAAACUUUGGAGACAACAGUGGACUCGCUGCUUAUGUCGCUAACACAAUAGACCCGUCCAUCAGCUGGGAGGAUAUUACGUGGCUGAGAGGCCUCACAUCACUGCCUAUUGUGGCAAAAGGCAUUCUGAGAGGUGAUGAUGCUAGAGAGGCCGUGAAACGAGGUGUAGAUGGAAUCUUGGUGUCCAAUCAUGGGGCCCGACAACUUGAUGGAGUACCAGCCACUAUUGACGCUCUACCAGAAAUUGUGGAGGCUGUGGAAGGAAAGGUGGAAGUGUUCCUGGAUGGAGGUGUGCGGAAAGGCACUGAUGUGCUCAAAGCUUUGGCCCUGGGGGCCAAAGCUGUAUUUGUGGGGAGACCAGUGAUAUGGGGCUUGGCUACCCAGGGGGAGAAAGGUGUCCAAAAUGUCCUUGAGAUAUUAAAAGAAGAAUUUCGAUUGGCGAUGGCCCUGAGUGGGUGCCAGAAUGUGAAAGCCAUCGACAAGACAUUGGUGAGGAAAAAUCCUUUGGCUGUUUCCAAGAUCUGACAGUGCACAAUAUUUUCCCAUCUGUAUUAUUAUUAUUAUUUUUUCAGCAUGUAUUACUUGACAAAGAGACACUGUGCGGAGGGUGACCACAGUCUGUAAUUCCCCACUUUGAUACAAAGGGUGUCGUUCUUUUCCAACAGAAUAGCAGUCCCUUUUAUUUCAUUGCUCUUAACUUUUCAAUCGGUGUCCUAGGAGCCUUUUAGAAAGAAAUGGACCUGCAUCCUGGAAAUAUAUUAACUGUUUAAAAGAAAACAUUGAAAAUGUAUUUAGACAACGUCAUCCAUUGGCAGAGUGGAGGACUGAAAAUCAGAAGAUACCUUUUGGCAAAAUUGAAAGUAACACACUCUGAGGCAGAAAGAUAAUUAUC